AUGUCGUUGAGCAAAUCACCUGUGAGUGGAACAUUUCUUCAUUCCAAUCAUCCUUCAUCGAUGAUAACAACCACCAAAGAUAUUGAUCUGAUGCUGCAGGAUCAACACACACCACCUACCAUCUCCAUUCCUCGUUCUCCUCCUUCAUCUCCUAGCAGUAAACGUCCAUUGAAUCAAUCUCUGAACGGAUCCUUCUUCAUGUCCUCCUCAUCGAAUCAGCAGCAACAUGCAACCAUAGAAUCCUCCUCUUCUCCAAGAGCCAACCACAAGUACAGUCUAAGUGCCGUUGUUCCACCUCAAUCAUCGCCUCUCUUUGAACCCUCUGAAUUUUCCAAGAUGAGUCUCAAAGAACAAGCCUUGUAUCGCAAUGCUGCCAAACAACAUCAACAAUUGAUACAGAAUGGUUACAUUUCCAGCAACAAUAAUCCUGUACCAAAUGGUAUUUCGGAAAUGAGCAAUCCAACAAGUCCAACGAAUAGUCCCAACAUGUCCAAUCAUCAGGGUGGUGGUGGAGGCUUUACAACUCCUGGAAGUCCCACACCACUUCUUCUCCUACACUCCAACACGACCACUACUACCGCUCCAAAUCGUGUGCUUUCCUUUCCUCAGAAAUUAGAGAGAAAACUCUUCCAUUUUCAAUCUUCGGGAGAGGAUGAUCAAGACGACGUCGUUGUUGGACCGAAUUAUUCCAGACACCCAAAGAACAAUGGUGCAAGUUCGUCGAAAAUUUUUUUCAUUUCCAAUUUCUGUUUCAACUUGAGUUUGCGAAUACGUACCAUGAUGGCACUCUUCAUUACCUCAGCCAUUAUUGUAGCAUUGUGUGCAUUGGGUCUCUCACUCUCGUUUGAAUUUUCAUUUAGUAAUGUUGAGAAAUUGAGUGCCAUUGAUGCGGUUCGAAAAACCUCAAAAGCUCUCCGUGACGAUUAUAAAAUCAUUCUUGGAAAAUUGUAUGAAUAUGCAGCAUGGGACGAUGUGUAUGAGAGUGUGAAAUCACAAACCACUGCUUCAGCGGAUGAUUUAUUGAAUACUUACUUUUCGUGUGAUUAUAUGAAUAAGAUUAAUUUGAAUUAUGUCAUGAUGUAUUUCAAGAAUGGAACUUUCUUUAGAGGAACAUUGUGUUAUUCUGGAUAUACAUUGACAGCAUUUCCUGAAGAAUUGAUUCAUUUGGAUCAUUCCUUCUUUUUCAAAGGGGUGGAUAUUCCAGAAACGAGAAUUAGCUCGUUUUUUGUGCCAAAUGUCACCAUUCAAUCAUUAUUUGAACAAAGUGGUUUGAUUGUAAAUUCGAACACGUUCGACAAUCAUUCGAAUGCAUUGAUGAUCACUGCUCAACCCAUUCAACCCACUGAUAACUCGGAAACGAAUGGACUUUUAAUAUUCGCUCGAUAUUUAACUCACACUGUUGUGAAUGAAAUUGCUCAACGCACUCAACUCUGCACUACCAUUUUCGAUUUGACCAAUUCCAAAGAUGUGAGUGAAUUAAUGUCCUAUUUCAAUGUGAAAAGUGGAACUACUUCUACUACUUGGUCUACUACUACAACAAAUUCACAAUUAUUGAAUGAAUACCUCUCCACAAAAUCCUAUUCCAACAUUUCCAUCUCUGAUUCAUGGACAUUGGAUGAUCCCUUUCAAAUAUCAGCACAUCCCAUACAAACAUCGAGUCAACGAUUAUGUUACAAGGAUGAUGUUACGGCCACACAUCUUUCAUCGUAUAAACUCUUUAAGGAUUAUAAGGGACAGUAUUCCAUGAUUAUUCGAACAGAUUUUCAAAGAGAUUUGUAUCAAUUAGGAUGGAAUUCUUUUGCGUAUACAACCAUUACUAUUUUAGCACUCGUGGUGGUCAUGACCGUUGUGGUACUUGUAUUUGUGGAAUUGGUUGUUUUACAACGAGUGUUAAAAAUUGGAAAUUUUGUAAAUAUUGUCACACGAGACAAUGAUACAAGUCGAAGAAUUCCGCAUCUAGGAAAAGACGAAUUAGGAAAACUCUCAAAAGAUAUUAAUCGCAUGUUAGAGGCACUUGAAACGUCACAUGCCACUCAACUCAAAGAUUAUGAAUUGAUGCAAACAUUGUUGGAAAGAACAGCACUCGAGGAAGAACAAAAUCGAUGUAUCAUGAAUAGCAUUCAAGAUUUUGUGGUCAAUAUUGAAUGCACGACUGGAAAAGUCAUCAAUUUGAAUGCUUCCUUUGAGAAGGCUCUCAAUCGAAAAUUUAAGAGAGAAUCCACCCAUGGAGGGAUUUAUGUCAAUGAAUUCAUGACCGAUUUUGGAGAAUUACAACAAGCAUUGGAAAAAUUGGAAUCUCUCUCCCUCACACAGGAACCAUUUCAAACUGAAUUUACAACAACUUUGGGAGCUAAAUAUCCAGUGAGUUUGACUGUGAAAAAAACGAAAAUGACAUUACGAGAAGGUGUGAUUGGUUUUACGUACAUUAUGGUCAUGAAGAAUAUGAAGGAGCAAGUGGAAUUGCAAACCAUGUUGUCACGACAACAGGAACAACUCGAGGAAAUUCAAAAAAUUCAACAAUUUGAUCAAGUCAUGGCCGAUGAAGAGUUACGAGCAAGAUUUAAGGAAUUUACCAUUCAGGAAAGAAGUUCUGAAAACUUCCUCUUCUUGGAAGAUGUUGAAUAUUACAAGUCACUUUCGAAAUCUACAGAGAGAGCCAAAUUGCAACAAGAUAUCAUUCUCAAGUAUUUAUUGCCAGACUCGCCGCAACCACUUAAUAUUUCUCAAAAGAUUCUUCAUGCAGAAUCCAAGAAGAUUGUUUCAGGUUAUGGUCAACUCGGUUUAUUUGAUCGUUUGGAGACCUUAGUGAAAGCCAUGAUCUUGGAUGACACCUUCCGAAGAUUUAUGGAUCAAGAGCAAAACAAAUCACCCCGUACCGACAGUCAAUAA